UAGCGUCUCCACACGGGUACCUUCCUCUACAGCGGCAGUGUGGGAUAGCACCUGCACAGGGACCUGAGGGCCUAGACACAGUAGUCCCUACAGCUACUCUGAGACCCAUCACAUCGGUUCCCCAGAUCAGCAGCAGUCAGCUUGCACAGCUCCUGUUGCUACGACAACUUCCCGGUCUUGGGAAGCAGCUUAUUACAAGACAGCAAGAGACAUCUUCAAGAAGUACCAGUGGUUCUCAGCCCAUUCCUCAGCAGUUGAUGGUCAUCCCCCAGCAGCUGAGGCAGGACAACAUCAGACGACAGCUGCUUCUGCUGCAGACGUACAGCAGACUGCGGCAGCAGACGGCCCUUUCCAUCCACGGGCCAGGGACCGCCACUCACAGCCCCUCUCCACUCACAGGGCAGGAGUUGUCUGCCCCUAGCCCGGGUCCAACUGGGGAACUCACACACCCAGGCCACAGGGUCGUACAUACGCAGGAUUCUCUACCAGGGUAUCGUGAAGCUGUGAAUAUGGAAAGAGUCAGGCAUAUGUCAGAUGUUCAUCCUUUAAUAAACACUUGUGCAGACCUGUCACUAUCAUCUGACCUGAUGGAUGCCAGUAUUUAUGCCUCUAGCCCUAAUUCCCUGUACAUGUAUGAUCAAGAAAAAAUGGAUAUGCAAUGCACUAUGGGAAUAAACUCCACAUGCUGUACGACGCUGGACACAUCAUCCCUUAGUGAUGAUUUUGAUCUGAACUCCCAGUACGAGAUGUCCCAUGACAUCAGCAGUUUUCAGGUAGACCCCGUCACAGUUUCCAACAGUCAAGUUCCCAGAUAUAAUGUGUCCUCAACCAGCCUAGCAAGUGCUGGCUCAUGGAGUGUUAUUGGCAAAACAGAUGAUCUUACGCAUGAGGACGUCUAUGUCUCCACGACUGACGAACGAAAAACACCGACACUCGCAGAACUGAACUUUGAACUGUUAGAUGACAUUGAUUCCUACAUCAACAACCAAGGAGGAAGUGUUCUGAAAGUUGAAGCUGAGGAAACAAACCAGUUGAAAAGUCCUGGGCUAACCUCUCCCGGACUGUCAUUGCUGUUGUCCCAGCCUCCUCUAAAUCAACCACAGUUUUCCCAGAAAUCUGUUGUGAUCAAGACAGAACCAGUCGAUUCUGGUUCUAGUGUUGAGAGAACAGUAACUUUUCCGAGAUCUUUCUCUUCCAUGAAACCAGUGAAAAUGGAAAUGAUUCAACCCAGUGCUAAACCACUUGGCACUAUUAAAGAAUUGGACAUUUCAGACAAUACUAUGCUUCAGCAACUCCUCAAUAAGCCACUACAAUCAAGGACUCAGCGCCGGAGAACUGUCUCAGAAACACAGGCAUCGGAAAAGAAAGGUGGAUUAAAUGUUCGUAAGCGCACCUUUGGCACUAUGGGUCCGGAAGGCAUGGAUGAGAAAUGGGAGGAGAUCAAACAGUUCUUGGAAAUGGAGUCGAGAAUGGCAACAGAAUCAUUCAACUUUACUCCAACUCCGCCUGUGAAAAGAGAGAGAACAAGAUAUGACUCUACGAGUUCAGUGAUGACCUUGACCUCUAAUGAUGAUGAUGACAGCGACACUGACAAGGAUUAUGACGAUGACUCAGAUUCAGAUUUUGAAGGGGGCCAUGAUCUUGACCCUUCCAACCCUGGAGAGAGUCUGAUAGGGGCCAAGGACAAGCAGUACUUCUGGCAGUACAAUGUUCAGUCCAAGGGGCCAAAGGGGACCAGGGUCCACUUUGAUAUGGAGGAGGACCCACAUGUGCUUAAUGAUUUCGAAGACCCUGUUUUUGACCCUUCAAAUAGCAGUAGUUUAACAGGCAUUGGGGUGUCUGUAAAACAUGGAGGAAAGGCACGGAAAGGGGACGGUAACGACAUUGUUCCCAGUCCAAAGAAACUGUGCCAGAUCGGUCUUCAGCUGAGGAAGAUAAACCGCCAGAUCAAUGACUUUGUUCCAGUGAGCGAACUACCCUCCAGUGCAAGGAGUAAAACAAGGAAAGAGAAAAACAAGCUUGCUUCAAGAGCAUGUCGUUUGAAAAAGAAAGCGCAACAUGAGGCAAACAAGGUGAAGCUCCAUGGGCUGGAAAUGGAACAUCGCAAGUUGCUGACUGUCAUUCGGGCCAUGAAGCAGAAGAUGAUUGAUCGAUUGAGCUGGAACAGGAAUGAAGCACAGGCAAACAAACUGUCCAUGACCAGCCUGCUUGAUUCACUUAUCCAGCAACAUCUUGAUGUGAUGAUAGCUGGCAACACAACAGAGUAUGUCAACAAGAUCAUCCACAAAGUGGAGGCAGGGGACCAGACAGGCGGCUUACAUAUUCAGGCUACCAGAUCCUACCCAAAGGAACUGCACAACUAGACACACGUUUCCUGAUGAGAACCGAUCAGGACACAAACAACCAAGGCACUUGAAACAGAAUAACAUAAACCACAUUUUGACUAAACAGAUGUUUGUCAGAACAUCAGCUUCUAGUGUUGUCAUACCAGCUGGCAUCAACAUGUUGAGACCCCUGGAUCUAAAACGUGAACCACCGUUCCAAUAUAUGUUUUCCCAAGUUCACUGACACAUCUUCUAUUGCUUAAAUGUACAUCUUUUUUUUAAAUAGUUGUUUGUUCUUGUCUUGACAUUAACAUCUCUUGUAUGGCUAUAUUACACAUAUGGACAAGUAAAUUGAUUUAAAAUGCUUUUAUAUUAAAAUUCAUGACAAAACAUAAAAGAUAAACAUUUCUCUUUCACAAAAGUCAAAACACAUUUUACAUGCUAUAUAAAUAAAAAAGAUAUGUUAACCUUUUUGCAAAGUGUAUUUCAUGUGUGGCAUUAGUGAAGUUAUUAAUACUGUUACUUUUCCUAAUGUGAGUAGGUCAGUUAAAUAUAUGUCAAAAAAACUGUCAAAUAACUGUUGACAUGAAGUGUUGACAGUCAGUGAAUAUCAUAAAUCAUUGAAGUAUCAUGUAUAUAAAUAGUGUGGGCCAUUUAAUCACGCAAUAGGUGCACAUUUGACCUAGUUUACCAUCCACAUGCAAUGUAAAUCAGUUUGAACAGCUACCGGUAGUGUCUAGUGAUAUGAUUCAGAGAUAGGCUCUAUCUGUAAAAUAAUUCUUGAUAGGUAACUAAGCAGCAUUUAAUGGUAAAACAAAAAAUAUGCUGUUUUUGCAAGCAAAUGAUGUAUUUGAUUACCUGCAGUUUAAGUUUCUGUUCUUUACAGGAAAGCAAAAUUUUUAUAUAAAAAAGCAAAUAUAAAUGCUGUUUAUAUAAAACAUUGACUAAUUUGUUCAUUAUUCACUUUUGCAAUUUUAUGGAUCAAGUGUGCAGCAGGUUUUCAUAACACAAAAAAUGAGUUAAAAUUUAUUAGUUUAAUUUAUUCGUUGAACACCUAAGAACAAUGGCAAUGUCAAUAUUUUGACCAUGGCUGCACAUAUUUAUUGACUAGAUCAGAUCUACCAGGUUGUGUUUGCAAUAAUUGUACGUAAAUUGUGUAUAGAAAAUGAGAAUGUAAAUGUUGCAUUUCUUUCAAAACAUGAUCUCAUUUGUAUUACAUCGUAUGUACAUAUUAUGAAGGAUUUUCUUGUUAAAUGUCAGAUUGUGAGAAAGUUAUACAAAACUAAUGACUAAUGUAUAAUUAAAAUGUACACAAAACUGUAAUAAGAAACACAUAGGGGACUUUGUGAUUGACCAACGUGACAACUUACUGUAUAUAUUCCAUUGGCACUACAUUAUAUACCGUGGGAGAACUGGCACACUUAAUUUCAUUUUCAUAAAUAUUUACCAGCUUACUAAUAAUCAAUGAAAGUAUCCUGCACAUAUCAAAGUCUGAAAGUCAGAAUAGUGACCAUAAUUUUAUAAACGAUAACUGGAAAUAUCACAAAAGAGAAGGAUAAGGGUAUAUUUGACUGAGCAGGCACAGACUGCAUGCAAAGUUCACUUCAUUUGUUGUAUUUUCUUGCUCACCAAUUGGAUAGGGAACCAAUUUAAAGUCUCCUAAUCAGUAAUGAAUUUGUAAUGAGGUAUCCUCAUUUAUUCAUACUGUUGCGAGUCUAAUUUGCCAGUGUUGAUGAAGAAGUAUAGUGAAUUUUAUUUUACAUCUAAUAUCGGAGAUUAUUUUCUGCUUUAUCAUCUUAUCAUUUGAAUUUAUUUGAAAUAAUUGUAAGAAAUUUUUUCUUCUGAGAAAAUGGACCUGAUGUGUUUGGAUAUCAGUGAAAUUGUGUGAAGAUCAAUCAGUUUUACACUGACAUUUAAGAUUUGUUCUUGUUGCUGGCUUAUAUUGUUGUUAUUAGACUGUGUUGAUCUGUGUCAAAAUAGUGGAAGGUUUAUUUUGUUUCUUGAAAGUCUUUUUAAAAAAUUUAUUUGACAAAAUGAUGAUAUUUUUGAUUGCAUUAUUACAAUAAGUGUUGUUUUUGUUACUGUAUGAUAUGUUUAUACAAGUUAUUGUAGAUGUUGGUCUUAAACAAGUUGCUAUUUAUUGUUUUAUCAGUUUUGAAUGUUGUAUUUUUGUGUUAUAAUUUUUUAUUAUUGGAAGACAUCUACUUUAACAAGACACCUUCAGAAAAAAUCAGGUAACAAUAGUGUGAACAUUGAACAUAACAUGACUCUCAACUUUGGCCAGGCUGACUUAGACUGAAUGUUUUUAUAAAGUGACAUUUUCAUAGUUUCCUGAACAAGUAAUUGGUUUUUAAAACAAAACAUUGAUUCAAGAUUCAUUGAUUUUUAACUCGGCGUUUUCGGAGAAAACCCGAGGUAUUGUCAUAGCCAGCUCGCCGUCCGUGUCGUGCUAAAACCUUAACAUUUUAUUAAGGUUUUGAACAUUGGCUCUAAAAUCAGAUUGCUUUCACCUACAACUUUGAAACUUAAUAUGUAGAUGCACCUUGAUGAGUUCUACAUGCCACACCCAUUUUUGGGUCACUAGAUCAAAGGUUAAGGUCACUGUGACCUUUAACAAACAAAAAACAAAAAAAAAAUGACAAGCUUUCAUUUAUUCAAAACUGCACCUGUAGCCGAGCGUGGCACCCGUUAUGUGGUGCUCUUGUUUACUAAAUUUUUUUUUCUUAGCCUGACUUUACUAACUGUUAUUGAGGCUUUAAGUAUUGCUUAUUGGAAUUACAUAAAGUGAGGUAUAAAAAUGAGUGAUGGGCCAUUUUACAUAAUUGUUCCAAAUGAUGUUCCGUUUCUUGUUCUGAUUUCAUUAUGUCAUAAAAUAUUAUUAUGUGCUUUCUACCCAUGUUCUAGUUUUUGAUGCUAUAACAAUUGAUAGCUUUGUCAUUGUUGUUGUGAUGUGAUUAAAUAUUUGAUUUUAUUCUUUUCUCUUGGUAAAACGACAAGACCAGCCAUAUAAUGACAAUAAUUCACUGUUUUAAACAAUGAGAAAUAAUGAUAUAAAAAUAUCAAUUUAGUUCACAGUUUAACUUUCAAAUGACAUUGUUUUUCGAAGUCAAACAGUUAGUAUUCCAUCAAAAUUCAUUAGCUGAACUCAUUUAAGAUGCAAAUACUUAAAAAAACAUUAAAUAAAAUGACAAUGUGUUGUUUUUUGUGGUAGAUUAUUGAUUUUGGAUUAACUAUGAUUAUAUAAAAUACAUUUAAAAUUAAAUCAAUAAUCCACCAAAAUCUACAAGUUUCCGUUAUUUAUUUGCAAUAAUGCGAACAUAAAUCUCUGCAAUUAACAUGCCUCAUAUAUUUUGUUGGAAAAAAAGAAGACAUAAUUCCAUGACCAAUCUGUAAGAAGUCUGCAACAAUCAUUAUGUUAUUUCUCUGAAAUAUUUUUGUCACUUUAAGCAUACAAUGAGUCAAUACUUGAUAGCCAAUACUUCAUGGGAAUGUGUUUAUGACUUGGUAUUAAUGUAAAUAAUAGAAUUAUGUUAAAGUACAAUUGUCUAAAACAGAUAUAUUGGAAAAAUUAACAUGCAAGAUUAAAAAUAUUUCUUCUGUUGUUUUAUUUAAAUGUUUUUUUUUAAGUCAAUCUUUAAUGUUAAUCUUAAAUUUUGUUGUUAAAAUGAUAAUGCUAGUGCAAUAAUUGAAUAAUAUUUGUUUGUAUUGAUUAUGUAUUAUUUGGAAAAAGUAACAGGUCAAUUUUACCUUCCAACAAACAUCGGCCACAGGUUCUUCCCAGAAAAAAGACCCUGCAGUGUCACAAUAUGUCUUAAAGUUAUGUUGUAAUCAUGUUUAAAUCAAAAAGUGAAAAUUAAAUAACUUAAGGUAUCUCAAAGCAAGUUUAUGGCAGGCAAGGUUUUUCUGAAGGUUUUCUGAAGGUAUUUGUUAAGCACUUAAUUGGAUAUACAGCUGUGUUCAAUAGAAGUUUUUGCUAAACUGUUAUGAUUUUUUUUUUUUGUUGUUGAUAUGCAUGCAGAAGUUAUAAUUAAACAAAUGUCACUUUGUUGAUAUCAAAUUUAUUAAAGGACUGCUUAUAAGUCAAUUAUAAUUGGUUGCUAGCUGAUUUCUGUGUUUGAUUAUUUCUCUAUCGCAAAUUUUAAUUUGCGUUUGAUUUUUGGUAGUUUUAGAAAUAUUUGCCAUAGUUUAGAAAUAUUUGCCAUUAACAUGUGCACAAAUGGUUCAAAAUGGCUUUGUUAUCAUAUGUAAAUAAGUUGUCCUGUGGUGAAGUUGGAUCUUAUGACAUUGAUCCAGUUCAUGUAAUCUUCAUAUACAGGAAAUUAUUGUUAAUUCUUAGACUUACCGGUAUCUUCAUAAACAAUAUUUUAAAAUGGUACAAAUCAUUAUAUUUGUUUGUGUUUUUCUUCGGAGAUUUAAAUGAACAAUACUUGUAUUCUUAUCAAAUAUGAAUCUCACUUUUGUUGUUUCUUUAAGUUAUUUAGCAUCUUCUUAAUGAUGUGAGAUAUAUAAAAGUACUUUGUAUCUUUAAGAGUGCUAUUAAUUUCAGAUUUAGAGGCAAUUAUGUGCUAAUAUCAUGUCUGUUAUGGCUUUUGUUUAUGGCUUAAAUAAGUGGAAAUAAUUUUAGUACAGUUCGAAUGUAACUUAAUUUAGGCAACUUAUUUUGAAAACUGUUUAAUACAAGUAUAUAAGUAACAAUAUUGUACAGGGCUUGUCUUAAAUGUUACAUUUAGUAUUGCACAUGUGAUAGAAAAUGACCUGAUGUUUCAUGAGAGUAUGUACACAUAUUUGGUAUUGUGGCAGAGAUGGAAUUGUCUUGCUUUUUGUCUGCAACUUGUUAUUGUUCAGUUUUGAUUUUCAAAGAUAAACAGGAUAAUGUUGCGUUCCCUUUAUGUCCAACUAUUUUGAAACAGUAUUGUGCUGUAGACAGAGAAGGUUCUUAUUGGAUCAAUGCCCUUAAGACUUUGGUUUGCACAUACAUUGAAAAUACAUAUAUAUUACCUUUUUUAUUUUAAACUGAUCUUUAUUUUGCUCUCAGUAAGUCACUUGUAAAUAUUCUCACAACUAAAUCUAAGAAGUUGCCAGUUUAUCAGUGCAUGAAUGACAUGUCACAUGGGCUAAUAUUCCAAUCAUAAUGCAGCAUUACAAUAAAUCUACGACCCAUAGUAACUACUUUUUGAUUGUGUAACAGGUGGCAGGCAUGGAGCAAGAUGCAGUUCGGUAUAACGGGUAUCUUGUACAAGACUUCCAGUCAAGUACAUUGUAAAUGUGAUUGUUCAUGCAGGAUGGUAUUUUUAAACCGAUGACUUUACAGUACCUUGUCAGUGUAUUCAUGAUUUUCCAGUGUACAUAAUGAAACAAAAAAUAUCGUCUACUCAGUUAUAUAUAGUACUAAAAUAAGUAGUGGUAAUACACGACCAUAAGCAUUUUUAUCAUUGAUUUUUAUGAAUGCUAUUUCCAGGUUUCAGAGAUAUGCUGUAAAUAUUGCUCUGAAAUACAUUGUCAAUUUCAUCAAUACAUUUCAUUAUUUCAAUGGCUAUUUUAAUUGAUCUUAUUUUGGCCUUACUUAAAAAAAAUGCUAUUUGAGAUAUAAACAAUUCUUGAUAAAAAGAAUAAUAAUCAUAUUGUGGUCUUUCAGAGAGACCAUUUGUAAAGAAAGAAUGUUAUAUUUUGUCAUUUUAAAUAUGUUUCUGUAAAUGUAGAAAUGUACAGAUGUAAAAUUCAAAGGUUCGUAGUUCUUGUCUUUCAUUUGACCAUGCUAAAUAGAGAUUUUGUGUUGUAAUUUGUCGGCAAAUGUGACCUGCAGUACAUUCAUCUAACUUUCAAUAUAUGACCUGUGUGGUACGGAAAUCAGUCUUAUGGUACAUGUAGUCAGAGUAGAUUCAACCCAACAAUUGCGUGGUCUUGUCAGGAGCUACGCUGUCCCCAAUAAAGUUGCAAGUUUCAUGGUCUCAUUUGACCAUAAGGCAUUGUCAUUUUCGCAUGUCAAUGGACAUUUAUGCUAUGAUGUAAAUACACUAAAGUUGUCUGUCUAAGGCUGUACAUUUUAAGUUUUAAAAUGUGAUAUCUUUUCUGUUAAGUAUAAAGUAUAAUAAGGAUAUGUUUUUGAUAUUUUUAUCUCAUCUGUAUAGUCUUGAAAUGCUAAAAUAUUUAAAUAUUUUAUUUCUUAUGUUUUGUGUUGUAUAUUUAAAAUUCUUUAAACAUGUUUCUGAAAUAUUUUGAGUGCAAUUACAGAUGUUAGUGGCUCAUGGAAAACAUUGUCAAAUAUUGGAUUUUACAAAUUUUAAAGUUAUUUAGGAAAAUGAAUCUUAUUUAUAUAUGUUAUUGUUCGAAAGGCAAGGUAUAAAUUUCGUGAACAAUGUGAUGUUAAGACAAGUAACUGUUCUAAAGUUUGAUACAUUUCUUGCCAUGCAUAAUGAUCCUUUCUCCUGGAAAACAUAGCUUAAUGCAUUUGCAGUCUGCACAGGCUAAUCAUGGAUGGUACUUUCCGCUUUAACUGGAUUUUCACUCAGUAGAUAUUUCAGGACAAAUACCAGGAAAGUGUCAUCCCUGAUUAGCCUGUGUGAACUGCACAUCUUAAACUGGGACUACACUUUAUGCACAUGCAUUUAGUCUGGUUUCCUAUACACUUCAUGCACAUGCAUUUAGUCUGGUUUCCUUUACACUUUAUGCACAUGCAUUUAGUGUGGUUUCCUAUGCACUUUAUGCACAUGUAUUUAGUCUGGUUUCCUAGACCUAGGCUCAUAUUAUUAAGUCUGGUACAUUCAUUUAUAUGUUAUGAUAUUGAAACUGAGCUUUGUUACCUUCAACAAUUUACAAGUUAUUUUGAAAUACAUGAUCAAUAUUCUAGUAUUUUAGUUUUAUGUUAUUAAGCAUGUCAGAAUAAUUAAAAAUGAUAUUUGAUUUUAGUACACUAUUGCUGCAUUGUGAUAUAAAUUUUACAAUGUUUAAUAUAUUUGGAUAUUCCUUAUAAUUGUUAAUAUUUGUAUGAGCGAUAUUUGUAAUAAGAAGAAAUACAUCAUUCAUAUGAAA